AUGAAACCUGCAUCAAUAUUACUACGUAAUUUGAGUAAUAACAUUAUUUGGAUUAUGAGUAAGAUGUAGAAAAAUUAGAAAAUAAGAAAACUAAAAACAAAAGGCGAUAGAAGUAAAAGUGGUGCAAAGCACAAGUCUCAAAAGUAAAAAGCUAACAAUACAAACUUGAAGAACAAAAAGAAGAGCAAUCCCAAGAGUAAAAGGAAAAGGUAGUAGCUCAUUUCAGAAACAUUGGGCAAUAAUUAAACAACAAUAAAUCAAAUCAAUAUAGAAGAUCUAAGUCAUCAAGACAUCUCAAAUGUUCAAGACAUUUCCAGCAAUCCAAGCUAACUUUUUGAUAAUUUUGACGGAAAUACUCGGGAAGAGACGGUUUCUAAUAGUUUGAAAGAUAAGUUGGCUGAGAUUAAAUAGUAAAACAGAGGUUCAUUUGAAGAAAACUAUUAAAUAUAUGAUUAUGAUUUUGAAGACGUAAAAAAUAGAUUCAAGGCAAAUCAUAACAUUGAAAUCUAAUCCUCAGCUCGAUCCAGAAUAAUAUGA